AUGGCCGGAAACUUUGAGGAUGUCGCCAAGCAAUUUGUUGAGUUCUACUACAACACCUUCGACACUGAUCGCAAGGGCCUCGCUUCUCUCUACCGACCUCACUCCAUGCUGACCUUUGAGUCUGCUUCCGUCCUCGGUGCCGAAGCUGUUGUUGAGAAGCUUGCCGGCCUCCCCUUCCAGAAAGUCAAGCACCAGGUUUCUACCAUCGAUGCCCAGCCCUCCAACGAGCAGGGUGGCAUCAUCAUCCUCAUCACUGGUGCUCUUCUCAUCGACGAGGAGCAGAACCCCAUGAACUUCUCCCAGACCUUCCAGCUUCACCGCGACCAAUCUGGACAAUACUUCGUCUACAACGAUCUUUUCAAGCUUGUUCUCGGUUAA